AUGAUGAACGAGCUGCCCAUCGACAUGAACAAUCCCCACGUCCGGGAAUACCUCCUCCUCAUCCGAUUACAAGUCCUCACCCCGCUCUCUCUCCUCAUCAACAUAGGCUCCGUCCUAACGUGCUCGCUGGUCGCCGACCCGUCUAUCCGCGGAAUAUUCAGACUAUACCCCGCCCCCAUAUCCCCAAAAGCAGUCGUUAUCGGCGCGUAUGUCCUCCUCAUCUACGCAGCGCAGAUAGGGUACUGCGUCCUCCUCACCGCCGCGCGCAAGCCCGAGACGAAACAAGCAAUGAUCAAAGGCGUCGGCUUCACCCUCAUCCUCUCCAACGUCCUCAUGGCCGUCUGGGCAAUCACCUGGAUCCUCCAGCUCUUCCUCGCCUCCACCAUCCUCCUCGCCCUCAUCGCCCUCCUCCUCCUCUACUCCAACCUCACCCUCCUCGUCUACCAUCCCCCAACAAGCGCCAGACCACUGGACGUCGCGCUCAUCCACGCCCCGAUGCGCUUCUUCCUCAUCCUCCCGCUGGGGAUCAUGUUCGAGUACUCGCUGUUCGUAUACCUCGGCUAUACAUACACCCCCACCGCGCCCGGCAUCCCCGCCGACUAUGCGCAGUACCAGCUCCCCGGCUUCCUCGCCGUCGCCCUCACGAACCUCUUCAGCUCCGUGGUAAUCGCCACCCGCAGAGAUAUAGUGUGGUGCAUCGCCGCGGUGUGGAUAUGCGUCAGUCUGUGGAGCGAGCGGCCGAAGGGGGCUGCUGUUUAUAUAACGGCGCUAGUCUUCACGGCGAUCCACCCGCUCGCGCUCAUCGCCGGGUUCAUAUACAAGCGCUUCGUCAAGACGGGGCGCGUCGCGCUCGUGCCGGAGGACGACGCGCUCUACCGCGCUGCACGGGUACCGGAUUCCACUUCCCAGCCCAAUGCACAUAUUGACCGUUCUACUGCUGCCACUAACGGACAGGUUAAUGGAGCGAAUGCGCAGCAGGGCCCGAGGGAGGUGGAUCCGGAGGAGCUUUGGGGGUGA